AUGAAGAUUGGUUGCCUUCAAUUCGCGCCUGAAUUGGGCGAGGUACAUAACAACAUCCGCAAAGCAGACUCGCUGCUGGAUGGUACCUCAUCCUCUGAACUUGAUCUUCUGGUCUUGCCAGAAAUGGCAUUCUCAGGUUACAACUUCCCCAACCUAGAGGCCAUUACACCUUUUCUAGAGCCGACAAGCAGUGGCCCUUCAUCGGAAUGGGCAAAGCGUACGGCCGCACGAUUGAACUGCAUAGUCACCGUCGGUUACCCAGAAAUAACACCCGAGGGAAAGCGUUACAACACGGUAGUCAGCAUAUCACCAGACGGAACUGUGGCAGCUAGCUACAGAAAAACCUUCCUCUAUUACACAGACGAGACGUGGGCAACUGAGGGCGACACUGGUUUCUACAAUGGUACACUCGGUUCGAUCGGUCAGGCCUGCAUGGGCAUCUGUAUGGAUAUAAAUCCUCGCCGCUUCGAAGCACCUUGGUCUGCAUACGAAUUCGCAAAUCAUUGCGUGGAUUCAGACACACCUCUGGUCAUAUUAUCCAUGGCUUGGUUGACUAGACUUCUGCCUCAACAGCUACGUGAGACUGAUACGCAGCCUGAUCUCGAGACACUAAGGUAUUGGCUGGAAAGAUUUGUGCCGGUGGUACAGAGUGAAAGACAAGGAGGAAUCGUGGUGGUCAUGGCCAACAGAUGUGGCACUGAACCUGGCAUGGUAGCAGGCGUUAGUCAGGGUAUUGAUGACGAGGGUCAAGAGGUUGUGGGAUACGCCGGAACGAGCUGCGUGUUGAUGGUCGAACAGGGAGAAGUCAGAAUCUUUGACAUCUUGGGAAAGGCCGAAGAGAGGUUGCUCAAGAUCGAUACUACCGAGCCUCCUCAGUUUGCGUUGCGCGCCAAAGUGUCGUAA